GAAUAAAAAACUAAUAACUAAGUUGCUGAAAUAUUAUCAAGAGACAUAUCAAUCGUAUCUGUAUGAUAUCAUCAGUGACGUCUCCCGUGCUCUCAUUUCAGUCAAUCGUUAACCGCCGUUGUAAAACAACGUACUUUCUUUCGGAUUGACAUUAAAACGAGGCAACAAUGUUGAAUAUUAUCAUCAACACUGAUUAUUUGAAAAGUUGGAACGGUAUUUUUAAAUUGCUACAAGUGGUGUUGGGUGCAAUUUGCAUAGGAAUUAUCGGAAGUGAUUAUAAUAGCGCUUCCUGCUUAUGCUGGAAAGAAUGCUUCUUUCUUAUUGCAACAUCUACUUUUUUUAUUGGCACUUUUAUUUUUCUUAUCAGUUACCUGGUGUCACCUUUUACUGCAUCCGUUUUACCUAAAACAAUUCAUGAACGCCUUUAUCAUCUUUUUGCAACCGUAAUAUUAUUUGUGGCCUCACUGAUUCUGAUACUGGAAAUACAUUUGGCUAAUACAGAGUUUUAUAACUACAAUGAGUUAUUAGCAGCUUCUAUUUGUGGUCUGAUAAACACUCUCUUAUAUAUCUUCAGUGCGGGCUUCGCCUAUAUGACGAAAUGGAGGACGAUAUGAAGUAAUUAAAUUAAACAAUCACGUAUUAUUGUAUUAUAGUAUCGUGAAAAGUGAAAAUAGAUUCUAUUAGCAUACAAAUUGUGCCCUUUACAAUUAAACCAAACUUGUAUA